AUAUAUAUUUAGGCCGACAAACGCAUUUAGGCUGCCUUAUGAUUCUUUCCUGAGUCUUUACCUGGGAAAAAGCUGUCAAGUAUUUAAAGUAUUCACAAAAAGAAAACAUGGCUUUGGUGAACAUACUAAUAGUUUUGGCCUUUUGUUGGUUGGUCGCGGUCAAGGCUGGCAAAAAGGAGAACUCGUAUCUCAGCGAGCACAAUCGGUUGAGAAAGUUGCACGGUACUCCCCCGCUCGUCCUGGACGACGCGCUCUCAAAAGGAUGCGAAGAAUAUGCAAAGGUGUUAGCUAAAACCGGAGUUUUGAAACACUCAAGUGAUGGCGGCGCAAAGUAUGGUGAAAACUUGUGCAUGCGGUCCAAAAACGAUUUGCAAUGUGUUCAAGACUGGUACGAUGAAAUCAAGCUCUACGACUUUAGUAAGCCGGGGUUCUCCAUGGAUACUGGGCAUUUUACCGCCCUAGUGUGGAAGGGUGCCAAGAAACUGGGUAUCGGCGUGGCCACUGAUGAGAAAGGCUACUUCUGGGUUUGCGGAAGGUACUUUCCACCAACGAAUGUCCAUGGGCUGUUCAAAGAGCAUGUUCCGAAGCCGAUCAAGUGGGGUGGCGGUGGGAGUGGUGGUGGUUCUGGUAGCAACGACGACGACGAGGACAACUCUAAUAUGGUGCAAGCCAACUCCCUUCUGGUCCUGGUUGCCUUGUGCCUCCACUUCAGGAAUUAGGCCAAGUUUGUGCUUUCCUCGAGCCUGACCCGGUUGUAAAUUUCUAGUUCACCAGUUUAAAAACAUUUUUUAAUUACGUUUAAAUUACUAUCUGUACGAAACAAUAAAUUAUAGAUUUUCACAAAGGUA